CAAGAACAUUCUCACGAGGUUUGGCGUCCCCCAACAAAUCAUCUCCGACAACGGGACUCAGUUCGAGGCAGCCCCCUUCUGCGCCCUCCUUGAAGCUUGGGGCAUCAAGCACACAUUCUCUUCCGUUGCCUACCCUCAGGGCAACGGGCAAGUGGAGAACGCCAACCGAACCCUACUUGAAGGAUUGAAGAAAAAGCUGGAGGCCGAAGGGGGAGGCUGGGUAGAAGAGCUUCAUAACAUCUUGUGGGCCUACCGUACCACCCCUCGGCGUGCAACAGGCGAAACACCCUUCUCCCUAUGCUAUGGCUUUGAGGCUAAGGCUCCAACAGAAGUUACCCUUCCUACCCGAAGGGUGGAACAAUAUGAGCCCGAGGCCAACGACGCAAACAUGGCCCUCGACCUUCAUCUCAUCUCGGAACGCCGAGAGCAAGCUUUUCUCAGGGCCGAAAACUAUAGGAGACAAGUCAAGGGAUACAUCGACGCCAAGGUCCGCUCCCGGGAAUUCCAGGUGGGAGACUACGUCCUCCGACGAAGGGAGGCCAGUCUACCCACCGAAGGAGGGAAGAUGGCACCCAAGUUUGAAGGCCCCUACAUCAUCUCAGCCAUCAUCAAACCGGGAACAUACAAGUUAAAACGUCCUAAUGGGACAGAGAUUCCUAGACAUUGGAAUGUGCACCACCUAGUGAAGUUUUACCAAUGAGUGGCCAAGCCCUCAUCCUCAACAAGUGUAAAUGAUCAAUGGCCCAAGGCCCCAUCUGUUUUUGAAGAAUAAUCAAAAGGCCAAGCCUUCAUCACCUACAUAUUGUACAAACGGCCCGAGGCCCCCUUCUCUCCUACACAUGAGUGGCCAAGCCCUCAUUUCUCCACCAAAAUAGGCCCAAGGCCUCUCCCUCUGAUGAGGGGGAACAACAAUUUAGGUACCAAGUACCAAGUGUAUGGGUCACCCCCAUCACUUUUUGAAAACACCAAGUGUUUUCACAAACUUUUACAUACUCUCCUUAAAAAAAAAAAAAAAAAAAAAAAAAAAAAAAAAAAAAGAAAACGGGGGGUGCAAUACCCCUCGGCUCCGGCUGGUACCAAGUGCCCCCGGCUAUUUGUGUACCACACACAAAUAAAACCCUUCCCAGGAACGCUUUCCGCGCCAUCCCCCAAGGGGAGGCAGGCAACGGACUAUGUCCCGGGCCCAGGAUUCGACUUCCACAAACGAAACGCUCCCCG